AUGCAGACACGGCAGACAUGGACAAACAGGCCGUCUGGAGAGCCUGGAGACGAGUCUGGAGAAGGUGUGGAGGCCGGAGGACAAUGCUUCGCGGCGAGACGAGACGAGGACGGACGAAAAGCUGUUUGCACACGUCGCAAGACAACUCUAUUCUGGGCCUGUGGUUUGUGGCACACGAAACUGGCUGUCCGCCGAGAGCUGACUCCAUCCCGACUGGACUCUGUUACAUUUGCAGCCUCACAACAAGCGCCCGGUAUGCUUUUGGCCUGCGAGACCGAGUGCAACCCCUCUGCCCGGCCCUUCGGUACCGACCGCUUGAGACCCGCCAGACCGAGCGAAAGCGUCGCGUCGAGGACAGUCUCGAAGGCCGCCAGGGCAAAGGACGUGUCAAGAGUGAAGCGGAGUGAAGUGGAGUGGAGUGGAGUGUGGCGAACCCGGCAACAGGUUGGACUCGCCGGCGUGGCGGUCGUUGGACAUGCAGAAAGGCCUCGGAAUGACGCGAAUGUGGAUGCGAAGAAAAGUUGUCUGUGGGGCCGAACGACGAGCCAGACCAAGCGCCCUGUUGCCACAGCGACUGUGGACCCAGAUUGCGCCGGCCUCGAUCGGGUACAGCACGAACGUCCGAGGCCCGUGGCGAGAACGGACGAGUGGACCAACGAAGAGUUGCCGAAGCCUCUUCGUGGAGGUCAUGCCUGUGCCGGGGUUCGGCAAAUGCGGGCCUGCAGGCGCACGGAGCCGUCGUCAACGCCGCGCAAACAGAGCGAAUGGACACUUGGUAGUCGGCAUUGUGGAAGGUCCGGCGAUGAAGUGGAACCGAACACAGGCCUGCUUCACUUCAGGUGCCAGGACGUAAUUCAAUUCACAAUCACGACUACCAGCAACACAAACACACACAUCUAUGCAUCAUCAUAUUCACUCGUAAAACACAGACGCCAGCACAGAUAA